AUGUCAGCCAUUAAGCGCUCGCUGAACGUGGGUGUGGUCGGCAUGGGUAACAUGGGCAUUCCCAUUACCCGAAACCUCGCCUUCAAGGCACGCAGCGCCAUGUACUUGCAGAUCCACAGCCGCACUCUUAGCAAGGCGCGCCAAGUGUGCGAUGACAUGAGCGCCGAUGGCGCCACAUGCGCCAUGCGCAUCCACGACCGCUACAGUACCAUGACCAAGUGGUGUGACGUCAUCUUACUGACCUUGGCACACCGGGCCGCCUCACGGAAGGUCCUUCUGGAGGACAACGAGGCCCUCGUCACCAACGCGCGUCCUGGGCAGAUCAUCGUGGACCACACGACCGUGGACAUGGAGCUGUCGCGCGAGUGCGCCUACGAAGCAGAGCGGCGCGGCGCCGUCUUCCUCGACGCCCCGAUGAGCGGUAGUCCGAAGCAGGCCUUCAACAACCAGCUCGUGCUCAUGGUGGGUGGGCCGGCGGAGCAGGUGCAGCGGGUGUCGCCAAUCUUCCGUAUGUAUGCGGACAACAUUCAUCACAUGGGCGCCAACGGCAGCGGCACGGCGGCCAAGCUGCUCUCUCAGGCGCUGGUGGCCUCCCACAAUGCCGCCGCCGCGGAGGCGAUGACAAUUGCGAAUCGGCUCGGCAUCGAGGACUACCAGAAGCUCAUCCAAGUCUUGGACGCCUCAUGGGGCUCAAGCACUAUGCUGCGCCGCAACGCGCCAACGAUGCAGGACCUGGUGCGCAACCCGGACAAGCUGGCACCGUCCUCUGGCGCCAGCAUCGACAACCUUCUCGAGGAUCUCGCGCUGCUGGACGCCUCCUUACCAAAAAUCGAGAAGGGCGACGACGGCAAUGGUGGGCGCGAGGUUGAGGAGGAGCGCUUCCCUGUGUUAGACGCGUCACUGCGCAUGCUGGGCGCCGCCGCCGAAUCUGGGAUGGGUGACCGUGAUAUGGCGGCCGUCAUCCACUACAUCCCGGCGGCAGCCGUCAUGGAGAAAGAGGAAGGGGUCCGCGUCCAGCCUCGCGGGCUCACGUCCGGCGCUUUUCUUGACCGAAACGCCACCGGAAGGGUGAGCAGCGGUCCAGCAGCGGCAGCAUGGGCUGCAGGAGUAACUUCGUCGCCGCCGGUGUCGGCGGAAAUCGAGAUGGACCCCGGCUCGCUGGCGGACUCACUCAGUGCCGCCGAAAGCAGCGGCAACGACAACGGCAGCACGGCGCAAGCCGCAUCGAUCGCGGAGUCGCUAGCAACGCCUUCCUCGCAGCAGUCCCCAGCCUUCACCUUGGAGGACUUCUACUAG